AUGAGCGGCAAGAUCUUAGAUAUCGGAGCCGACUGGGGCAUCAACGACCCUCAGACUGGCAUCUUCUCUGCCGAUACAAGAUACAACCUGCAGACAGAUGAUGGCGCCAACAUCUUCAUCCAGACGUCUGGGCCUUCGCAAGCGAGAGGCGGUCUGCAUCUUCGCAUCAUCUUUGAAACGGGUGACAAGAACUACUACUGGCUGAAUAACAUUGUUGGUUCGUGGCUUGUCUAA